UGCCAAGAUUAUGUAUUAAAAUAAAUUAUGUAUAGCGCUAUAACUCUAAUUUUUGCUACAGCAGUACUGCAUUGUAAUGGGGCUGUCUUACUGGGUUCCUUUCCCAUUUUAUCGACAAGACGCCGUGAAAGUCAAAUUGAUAUCGAACAUUUACCUUUCAGACUAUACGAGAGAUCCUAUCAUAGCCCUGAGCGUACACCGUCCAUAUACGAGAAUAUACCAGUGGAACGGAGUGGACGCAGAAAUUUUAGAAAAAGCAGAGAGACCGGUGAAAUGAUGGAUAUACCUUCGGUGAGAAGAAGCACACUAACUGAAUUGUGGGAUAUCCCUUCGAUAGGAAUGUACAGAGCCAAAAGAAGAAAUAAUAAAAGAAGCUACAUCGAUUUACCAAUUCCUAUGAGAAGAGUCUAUUUCGAGUUCCACCCACAGAGUGUGAGCACAAUAUUAGGAGCGCCUAGUGAUAUCUCACAUCUUCCUCCAGCAGAACCAAUACUUCCAGGUCAUACACUAUUGCGUCCAGCCUUAGGCAUGUUGAAGUCUCAAGUAAAAUUCCCACAUAGGGAACUCGAAAACGGCGCAGGAGUUUAUGGGAAUAUAGCAAACUUAGGCCUUAAAUACGGCAACAGAAACGAGAGAGUUGUGUAUACUGGGUUCCGUAGAAUGCAUCCCACGCGCAGAUUUUAUCCUGCUCGUAGGGCGUCUGCUAAUUAUAUUAUGUUAGCACCAACUAGUAAGAAUCAGAAAUUAAAACCAAGCUUUCAGAUAUCUUCCAUAAAUUUAGAUUUGGACAAGAAACAAGCUUCUGCAAAAAAAUUGAUACAAUCUUUACUUGGGAGGAGUCCACCAAUAACAAAUAGUAUCAUAUUGAUUGCGGCGGACUUAAGAAAUAAAGAUUAUGCACCCCUGUCUUACAAUAAGGAGAAAUCUAUGUACUAUUCUGAUGGUUAUGAAAGAGACGAUGAAGACACCGAUAAAGAAGAAUAUUACUAUAAACCAGUAGAUAAAAGCCUUCACGACUUGGCGACGGACACUAUCAGAAGAUUUAUACAUAGGUUAGGUACAUUCAGACCACGAAAAAAAAUUAUGCGAUCUACCAAUGCAACCGUAUCUCGAUCACAUUUACUGCAACCCUUAAGGAAUCGAAAGCCAAAAGGACAUCAUAUACAUAAUCACCUAAUUGAAAAUACGACUAGAACAACUUGGUUGCUCAAAGAUGCUAUUGCGAAUGAAGAUAUACGAAUGACGUCAUUAAGAGACGAAGAACCAAAAAUAGAUAAACAGACAAUGCUUAAAUAUUCCAAGUACGCUUUUAACAAUAUAAAGUUUGACAAAGAAGCUCCGGAUUUCGCUGCCUUAGUACCAUUCAAUACAUCGGAGAGUGAAGAUGAAGUAGAAGAAUCUAAUGACAAAAAAUCGUGGUGGUUCUACAAUCAAGUGGAUUUCAAAACUCUGACCAGCGAAUAAGUAAAAUAAUCAAUCUAUAUAGGCUUCAAUAUCUUUUAAUGGUUAAAUUUGUUGACAAAUACUUCAUUUAUUUGAUAUAUUCAAAGUAAGGACGCUUGGACACGCGAGGUAUUGUAUUACGUACCGGCCCUAUAUGCCGCUCGGAAUAAGAUGCCCGGGAGAGCGACCAAUGUUUUGCUGGCUUUCCACGGCUCGGGAUAUCACGGGCUACGCCACGUCGCACCGAUUUGUACGGGCGAGUUCACACCGCCCUCUUCCCGGCUAUCGUUGUAUACCGGUUGGCGCUCGUUGUGACGUCACGUCACGUCGUGUCGUCCUCCCGUGGGUCUCGUCCCGAGUGCAUAUAGGCCCAGAUCGCAACAUCGCAACGUAUCUAGUCUCACACUUCUAUGUUGCGUUUCGCGCAAGUCACGCCCAGUCGUGCUAGCGCUGCAGGUCUAAAAUAUUUUUUUUAUGUCAAGCAAUAAAACACAUAGUUUGCUUAAAGUACCUAUCGUGCUGAAUUUUCCUAUACGUGAGUCCUUAAAUUUUUAAUGAUAAGACUUAGUUUCAAUGCAACCAGUUUUAAUUUUUAUGUAUAAUAAUAAACUUGUG